ACCAAGAUGGGCAUCGGUAGAUCAAAACAGUUCCGUAAACUUCCCCAGGUUCUCCUGAUGGGUCUGGACUCGGCUGGGAAAUCCACUUUGUUGUUCAAACAGCAACGAGGAGUAGUGAUGGAAACUUCGCCAACUCUGGGCUUCAAUGUUGUAACAGUGGAACUGAACAAGAAAACGUCACUGACCGUAUGGGACGUGGGCGGACAACGGUCCAUGAGGCCCAAUUGGAAAUACUACCUUGAGGGAUGCAAACUUCUUGUUUUCGUGGUGGACAGCAGUGACAGAUCUAGGAUGGAUGAAGCUCAGAAAGCCCUUAAGAAGAUUCUCAGUGAUGAGCACUUGAAAGGAGUCCCUCUGUUAGUGCUUGCCAACAAAAAGGAUCUCCCGAACUCCAUGACUAUCAGAGAGGUGUCUACAUUGUUGGAUCUGGACAGUUACACAGACCGGGUGUGGGAGAUCCAAGCUUGUAGCGCCCUGCAGGGACUGGGUCUCCAACAAGCUUUUCUCUCUAUAGCUAAACUAUUAAAAAAGUCAUGA